AUGCUGCUCUGGUUCUUCCUCUCGCUCCUCAUGGUGGUCUCCACCUUAGCUGCUCCUAAAAAUCCUAUCAAGAGAUCUUCUGUACUCGACAAGAUGAUACUGGAUGGAUUCAGCGAUGAGCAAAAGACCCAGGUUGAAGAUGCCUUCCGCGACGUGAUGACAUUGGCGAAUGCGGUGAUAGAAGGAGCUGGGGAGACUGAAACAACCAAAAAAGCUGCUUUCAAAUCUAUCUAUUUGAAAUACUUUCCUGAAUCAGAAUAUGAAGUAGUCAUGACCAUAUUCAACAAGAUUACUGGUGGUGCAGAAACUCAAUAUACUGGAAAUACUAUGUUGGAAAAUGUCCCAAUCAACUCCGAGUCAUCUUCUGAUUACGGUUUUAUCUGCGAGGAUGACGAAAAGGUGGAAGCAUUGAUGGUUACUUUGUUGGAAGACUCUGAUUCCGAGGUUGUGAUCUGUUCAAGGGCUUUGAGACUUGGCGGUAUUGGUAAAGGCUAUAAUAAGGAUACGAAAGCUGUCACAUGCGAUGAGUUUAAAGGUAACUUGGAAGACGCCCUCCCGCUUGGAACAGUACUUCUGCAUGAAUUCAUGCAUUGGGAACAUCUGGUGUCUCCUCCGUUGGACCGUAAGGUUGUAGACCUCAAAUAUGGGCCGUGGUCUUGCCAGCACGCGCUUAAUAAGGCUCAUGCUAUCUAUAAUGCUGAUAGCUAUACUUGGUUUGCAAGUGAGAGGUGA